GGAAAAUUAGGAAUUUAUAUUAUAAAUAUAAAUGACUGAUGAUUAUUUUAACCUUGACUUUGAAGACAAUUGUUAUCAAUCAUGUCAAUAUUAAUUUACUAGUAGUAGAGAUAGUGGCAUGUCAUCUGAUGAUACUCAUUAAAAAAAUAUUUAGAUAAAGAAAAAAAAUAUUGCUAAAAAAUAUGAACCAAUAUAUGAAAAUAAUAUUGUUUAUAGAUAUGAAGACAACCCAGAAUAAUAUAAAAAAAUUAGAAAGUAUAUUCAUUUAUAUAUCUUAAUCCAGAAAACUUUAAAAUAGAGAAUCAGCUAAUAGAGUUAGAGGAAGAUAGAAAAAUUAUGUCCAAGAUAUGGAAUAAGAAUUAAUUGACAUUAAAAAAGACAAUUAACAUCUCUAAAUGUUAAAUGCUAAAUUACAAGCUGAAAAUGUUGUUUUAAAAUAAUAAGUUGAAUUUAUGUAAAAUCUAAUCAUGUAAUCAUAACCUCAUCAGACUGAAAUCACUUUAUAAAGAGAUACUACUAAAAAUAGCCAUCUAGCUACAUUAACUGCCUUCUCAGUUAUAUUAGGAUUUGCAUUUCUUAAUGGUGCAGAAAUAGAAUCAAAAGAAUCAAUCAUAGGUGCAAUUGAAUAGACAAACAAUCCUAUCAUAUCUCCUCCUAUUCCUGUUACUCAUUCAAUCAAACCCUUCUUACUUGGCUCAGCUAUUGCUCUUUGGUUAGUUUAUGCUCUCUAUGUUGUCUAUAAAGUGUUUUUGAAAAAUAAAUUAAAAAAGAAAAAAGUUAUUUGA